CAGCGUCGCGACGCCGGUCGCACCGCUCCGCACCAAGCCACUCCGCAGCCACACCGAGGCGUCGCGUCCGUUCACGUCUAACUACUGUUCAGGACUCAUAUUAAACGCAUCACAAUCUUAGACAUAGUCGCCUUCGUCCAACAACACAAACGAGUCCGUCAAUAAAGUUAAUUGUGUUCAUUUUCGGUUUGAUAUUCUAGUAUCUCUGUUGCGUUCUGUGUGGUAACAGUGGUGCGCUACUGACUGAAGCCAAUAUUUCUCACCUUCUCUGUAGGUAAAUUCCACCAACCGCCUACUAGAUAUUUCCGCUCCUGUCCCGCUUAACAGGGAACCUAUUACGAAGUAUGUCGAUUUCGUUUCGAUGCCAGUUCGUGUUUUGUGUUGACGAGAAUGAUGCUUUGCUAACUGUAAUAUUACGUGUGUUUUGUGCAGUAAUUGGAUGUAGUAAGUGACGCAUUUCGUAAACGUCUUUGACUUGCCCCGUUAUGUUUAUCCGCAUCACUUCUAGACAGUCGGCAGUAUCCUUUCAACAGAUGUUUCUCACAGCUGAGAGAACUCCUUCGAUGGACACCACCAAUUUUGAUUUUCGGCGCCGUUCCGUGCGAGCGUGUGGAGCGACAAUGCUUGUUUCCGUCGCGAUGAUAUGUUGAUCGUUUGAACUGCGACAGAGCGACGUAGUCUCGCCGACAUUGCGCGCGCGAGGUGAACUCUUGGCCGGCGCCAAAGAGCGGCGUCAGAGAUGCGCUGAGGACCGCGAGCGGUCAGCCGUGGCCCGACGCCGUGCAGCGCGCCUAACGCGAUUCUGAACGCCCGACCGCCCCCGAGCCCUGCGCCAGCGGGCGGCGGUGACACAGGGGCCGGAGCCAGCCGCCGUGCCUGCGGUCACGGUCGAUUACUCCGCCCGGCGACCUCGCGCGAGUGGCAUGAAGUGACCCGACCUCCGCCAUGGAGCAACCGCAACGGCACGAGCGGGAGCAGAAGUCGCCGCCACCGCCGCCACCCCCGCCGCCGCCGCUGCCCUCGCAGAACGGCUCGGCAGCCCAGGAUGUGGCGGAUAAGAACGACCGAGAGAAGAGCCGGCGGCUGAUGAGUGAGGCGCUGCAGCGAGAGGACGAAUUCCUCGAGUACCUCAUGUCGCUCUCCGCCACCGCCAACGACGGAACAGCCGCCGCCCCCGCGGCGGCCGACUCGGGGUCCGCUCAGGACUCGGGGGUGGCGGAGGAGGAGGACCCGACACCGGCUACGGGGCCUGUCAGGUCCGCCUCCGCCUCUUCCCAGCAGCCGCGGACGGCGGGGCUCGACCACCUGGACAACCUGUGCAAGCUCAUGGAGCAGCUCGGUGAUCUCAAGGAGCAGAAUACGAAGCUGCAGCGACGUGUGCAGUACCUGGAAGACCUGAAGCGGCUGCAGGUGAUGCAUAAACAGCUGCGCGGCGAAGAGGGCGACGCCGGCCACGGCCAGGCGCCUGCGAGGGCGGCAGCAGGUGGGGGAGGAGCGUCGUCUGCGGGGGCGGCGGACCCCACGGCUCGCGGCCGCUCGCGCUCCGUGGGAGUACACAUUCCGCAGCCGCCGCCGCAGCAACGGCAGUCUCCGCAGAAGAGCAAGGCCAAGGUCUCCAAGUGGACCAAGGUGAAGGAGGCGUUCCGCUGGGAGCGCGCCGCCUUCGCUGACCACGGCCACCACCAGCAGCAGAGCCAGCAGCAGCACAAGAGCUCCGCCGCCCGGCUGGCCGCCGCCGCCGCCGCCACCGCCACGCGCGCCUCCCCCUCUUCCUCCUCCUCCUCGUCGGAAGACCUCGACAUCCACAUGCAUUUCUCCGAGAUCUUCCCCGAUACUGGUGGUCCUGGAUCCUCUGGAGGCGGCAGCGUCUCUGCUGCAGAGUCCCGCCGGCUGUCGUUCCCAGAGGAGGAGCACGACGAGGAGGCGCGGCGAUCCAGGAGCCUCGACGCCGACGCCAUCACCAGCCAGCUCUCCGGGAAGGAUAUGUCGCCACUCUCGAAGAGCCCUAGCGGUAAGGCCCACCGCACUCCGUGGGGUAAGGUCAAGGAUAUCAUCAUCCAGACGCGCAAAGACAGCUUGAAGCGUCGCGGCGCUGGCUCCACCGACGCACACCUCGACUCCGCGUGUGACGGCGCUAUGGACGGCAGCGCUCUGCAGUCGCAAGACGCAGACAGCUCGAAGGCGGGGCAGGCGCCGCGGCUGACGCUGACGCUGGCCUCCAGCGAGGAGCUGCGCUGGCCCGAGCACCAGUCGCCGCCGCCCCGGCCGCCGCCCAAGCCGUCGCCCUCGCCCGUCACCGACCCCGAGGACGACCGCCGCCACAACCAGCAGGGAUCCCCGCCGCCUUGCCGCAGGCACUCUUCCAAGUGGACCAAGGUGAAGAAGGCGUUCCUCACAGCCCGCCAGGAAGAUGCGGGCUCGCCUCCCUACAGCCCCCGAGACCACGCCGCCUUCGAGUACGCCGCACAGACAGGUGACGGAGAGGAGGUGACGAGCGAGAGCCUGCACGCGGAGAUUCAGCGCAGCUACGAGGAGCUGCAGCACAAGCUGAGCCUCGAGUUCCACGAGAAGCUGGCCGAGUGGGAGCGCGCGCGCCUCGCCGUCGCCGCCUCCGCCUCCGGGGCCCCCGAGGCCCCCACCGGCGGGGGCGGCGGGGGCGUGAUGGGGCUGGAGGAGCAGAACCAGCUGGUGGCGCUGGCGCUGCAGCAGCGCGCCGGCGACAAGUGCUUCCGGCGCAAGAUGGACGAGUGGGAGCGGCUGCGCCAGCAGCAGCAGCAGCACCCGCUGUCCGCCGACUUCCGCAAGAAGCUGCACGAGUGGCAGCGCCGCAAGGACGCGGGCCCGGGGGGCGGCGGCGGCGGCGAGGGCGGCAGCCCCAGGUCGGCGCGCAAGGCCAACAAGGAGCUGCUGUGGCUGGAGAAGGAGCUGCACAAGAUCGCCCGCGAGAAGCAGCGCCUCGAGCGCGAGCGCGACAAGUUCCUGCAGAGGGAGGCCAGGCUGGAGAAGAUGCGGAGCGCGAUGCGCGCCGGGCAGGAGGUGCUGGUGCAGACGUCGACGGGCAGCUUCCGGUUCCAGGGCAUCUCGGAGGCGUUCACGCGGCGCCUCUUCGAGUGGGAGCAGGCGCGCGGCAUCGGGCCAGAGGACUCCACGUUCGCGCUGCUCGACCCUCGCUACCGGCCGCGACCGCGGCAGCCCGCGGCCAUCGACGAGAACGGUGGCACCGGCCGAGACGGCGAGGGCGCGCCGCUGUCGCGCUGCAAGUCGGCGGGCAGCGUGGCAGCCACCGGCAACUUGUCGCUCACCAGGCAGGCGUCCAGCCUCUCCCUCAACGACGCCCAGCUGGAGGCCAGCGCAGCCGCCGCCGCCGCAGCUCCCCCGCUAGAGGAUGGACGAGCAGUGUCGGAGCCGCGCCUGCGCACGGACGCGCUGGAGGACGGUGAGGGCGAGGACGCGGAGGAUGGCCCUUCUGCAGUGAUCGUGGACGUGGAGGACGAAGUGGUCGAGACGGCCAGCCCUCUGGCCGCUGCGCCCGCCGUGCUGGGCCACACCCCCAUCUACUGCUACGCGCCCCGCGAGGUCACCAGGCUCAUAGACUCCAGCGGCAGUGAAAGCGAUCGCGACCGCAAGGCCAUUGGCGGCGUGUGCCGGAACGAGUCCGUCCGGACGGAGAGGAGCUACCGGCUGCUAGACGAGAACAUGGACCUGCUGGACAAGCUCAAGAACAAUGAAGACGUCUGCAGGAAACUGGAAGCGGAGAUUGAAGAGCUUGAGGCAAAGAUGGAAGAAGCCGCGCGAAAUCGGGAACAGCAGCUGCAGAACCUGGAGAAAGCAAGCGAAGCCCGCCAGGUAGCAAUGCUGAGGGCACGGGUCCGUGAGUUGGAGCGACGGCACGAGCGCCUCAAGCGGCAAGGAGCUACACUACAGGACUCGUUCGCCGCACGGUCGGAGCAGCAGGCAGCGCUGGCCUGCCACCUGGUGGGCAACAUGAAGCAGCUGCAGGUGCAGGACCCAGGCCUCGAGGACCCUUUGGCGUUCGUCAGGAACCUGUCCACGCAAGUCUUGCAGCUGUCUGAGCAGCUGGCGGCCGCCGUGAGGGAGCGGAGCGGCAGCUCGACUACAGCGGCGCGCAGACACCGGCUCGCCAGCGGCCUCACCUGGCUCUCCGCGGACGGCAUCUCGCUCUCUGCUGAUUCCCUCCAGGACGAGAGCCCUGAAGGGCGGCAGGACCUCCGGGAGCUGCCGGCGCUGCUCACCAGCAAGGUGCUCGAGCUCAAACGCGGCCUCAGCUUCCUCUGCGGAACAGACAGAUCGGGCGCCGACGCAGUCGAGGAGGCGCGGGCAGCGGUGCUUAGCCGGAGGAACGCGCGCCAGUCUCAGGUACAAGGCGCUGCCAGCAGCGGCUCCGACUCCGACGACGACGACGACGAUGACGAAGGCGACGGAAGCGUGCAGCAGGCGCAGCCAGCGGUUGGCGGCGCCCCUGCCGCCUUCUACGAGACGGAGGUCCCUCCGGCGUCCAAGGCGGGCUGCUACCGCCACAAGAAGCUGCUACGUGCGCGGCGCGUCUCGGACACGCACGUGGGCUACCGGACCACGGAGUCGCCAGGAGCUGGCCUCCAGAGGGACACGGACGAUUCCGACAACUCCGCGAAAGAGGAAGACCGGAGGAGUGCGCCGAGAAGGAGCCCGCCUAGGUCGCGGUCCAGACUCGCCGACUCCGAGGGCGGCAGUCCGCGGGCAGGCCGCGUGUACACCGAGAACGGAGCGGCACGAUACUCGGCGUGUGAAGAAGACACCGAGGAGAGCAGGCAGAGCGAGAAAGACGGCGGUCUACCCGAGCUGAGGCACAGAAUCGCGCCUCCCGAGCAACAAGAUGCAUUUAUGGAGGAGCAGGAAGAGGAGGAGGAGCAAGGAGACGAAGAAGAAGCGCCGACGAACGUUUUCGUCAAAACGACUCGGAAGAUCUUUUCCCCGGUGCGACGCGACAGCAAAGGAAAGGCGUCGUCGGUCAUCGGCUUUGUUGUCGGCGCCAGCGUCAACGGCGCCAGAGGCAAUCGUGGCUCGCGACGGGAAUCGUUGGAUUCUGGUGGCCGUGAGAAGAAGGAAGAGACUGUAGGAGCACCGAAUGGAGGUCCUGUGCCCGAAUCGCCGGCGCGAGUGGCGCGCCACACCAGGUCUCAGUCGGCAUCGCCGGCAGUGGUCCGCCGGCCAUCCACGGCGUCCAAAGAAGGCAGCUCGAGUGCAGAUACCAGCAGCUCAGGCACCACUUCGUGCGACAGCAAAGCUGUCGUCAGUGGCACCGCUCCCAAACCCCCGGAGCGACCGUCCGAGGAUCGGGAGCCCGAAGAGAAUCGGGAUGAUCCACAGGAGGAGGUUACUGAGACUGUACUGAAACUCGGUAGAACUAAGGCAACAGAACUGGCGGUUGCAGAUCACAUUCCACCUCCAACUGGGCUGCCUCCAGUGUCACAUUCUCCAAUGUCUAGCAGGCGCGGUGGAAGCGACCAGCCGAGACCACUGGCGAAGGAGACUGCGCCGAGUAUUCGCAUGAUGAUCGCCAAGUACAACAAGAACCUAGAAGGUGCGUCAGUGGAAGCGACUUGCACUGGAGGUAGCACGGGUAGUGCCGCUCCAAAUGGAACGACGGCGACUGCGGGCUCACCUGUAGCCUGGCGGUCCCCUGCUACUGAACGGAGGGUCCGCCUCCAGAUGGAGAAGUACCAAGAGGAGGUGCGACGGGCACUCGAGAGCGGCGGUGUACCCAACACGGGCACCGGUCGCCACGUGCAGAAGUCCGCCAGUGUCGGCUUCAUCCCAGCGUCGCCCGUCAGCAGGAGUGCCGGAGGUAGCCCCCGCAAACCGCCUUCUGGUGCAGCUGCGGCCGUCCAGACCAAGGGCAUACUCAAAUCGUCCAGCGCCAGUGCCAUUCAGGCGGACCUCUCGCAGAGCGCUCGAGUGUCGCCGCAGGAAAAGGCGAACGAGAGCAGCGUUUUACCUCCGCCAGCACUGUUCGAGGACUCGUCGCCGAGGCCUGAGGGAGGUGCUGCCGUCCAGGCCGUGACGCCGCAACCAGCUAGGGCAGCCUCCCAUAGCGCGUCUGCCUCGCCACUGUCUCUGCUGAGACCGUCAGUAUCGCCUGCUACGUCUAAUCCUUCGUCACCAGAGUUGGCGCAAAGGAAGAGCGCGGACGGUGGCGGCAGCGUCGGUAGCAGCCCCCCGCCGUCGCGGCUGCGCGCUCUGCGGCUGAAGCGCGCCAAGGAGGAGUUCCUGACGCGCGGCCCGGCCAGCCGCAGCUGGACCGGCAGCGCCAGCGGGGCGGAGGCGUCGCCGUCGCCGCCGCCGGCGCUCGCGACCGCCGGCUGCCGCCUCAGCCUCGCCGCCAGCGCAGACAGCUCGCCGCUGCGGGCGGCGCGGGCGGCGCAGGACGAGGCGCAGCUGCUCGUCAAGUCGGCCAGCGCGGGCGCCAUCUCGCCCACGUCCCAGCAGCCGCCGCACUCGGCCGACCGCGCCGCCUCUGCCUCCGCCGGCGCCGGCGCCGCCUCCGGCAGCAAGGCGUCGCGCUUCGGGCUCGCCAGCAGCAUCGCGUCGCGUUUCCGCAAGGUGAAGAUGCGGCGCACGGGCCGCGGGCAUGGUCAGCAGCAGCAGGGCCAGGGGGCGGUGUCGGCACUCUGCCGACAGAGCCUGCUGGUCGACCUCGGGGGCGACACAGCCGAGCGCGCCGCCGCCGCGGCCGCAGCCGCCCCCGCCACCAAGAGCUGCCCCUCGUCCCCCGUGCUGCGCCGCCCGCCGCAGCCUCCACCACCGCGGCCUCCCUCUAGCCCCACCAACGACGACGAAUCUAAGUCCUCCUGUUGGGUGAAAAAGAAAAUUUUUCGUCCGAAGUCGUAACUGUCUAUGUUUCCUCCAGUUUCUAAACAGUGCUCGAGAACGAGUUCAAAAACUUCCUCUGUGGAUACCUGCUAGCCCCAACAGCGACGGUCGAAAUCUUCCUACUGGGGAAGUCAUAAAUGUCGAGGAUUUCUUCAGGUCAUCACACAACCCAACUGUCUGGAGCCUCCUCCACUGUGUCUACCUGCUAGCAUCUCUAACAACAAGUCCAAAAUUUCCUGCUGAGUGAAAAAGAAAAUUUUUGGGCCGAAGUCAUACAAGUCAAAGUCAUAAAUGUCAAGGAUUUCUUCAGGUCAUCACACAACCCAACUGUCCACAAUGAGAUUAAGAUCUCCCAUUGUUUCUCCUGGAGCCUCCUCCACUGUGGCUACCUGCUAGCAUCUCCAACAACAAGUCUAAACUUUCCUGCUGAGUGAAAAAGGAAAUUUUUCAGCCGAAGUCAUACAAGUCUAUGUUUCAUCCAGUUACCAACCACCUGAGUGCUCUACAAUGAGUUCAAAAAGUUCCUCUGUGUCCGACACAGCUUCCUAUAGCGUAGCCACCUGCUAGCCUGAAAGGCGACAAGUCCAGAUCUGCCUACUGGGCAACAAGUUAUCACUCAGUCCAAAAGUCGACAACGAGUUCAAUAUCUCGCAGCCCAAAAGUGGACAAGUUCAAGAUCUCGCGCUGUUCUUCUGCAGCCUUUUGCACUGUGGGUGGCUACAUCCACCUCCCACGACGAUAAGUCCAAACUUUCCUAUUGGGUGAGGAAGAAAAUUCUUCAGCAGAAAUCGUAUGUUUCUGUGUAUUCUCCAGUCACCAAGCAACACAACAGUCGACGAAAUUUUCAAGUUAUCCCACUGCAGCUGCCGCAGGCUCCUCCAUCAUGGCCAGUGUAAGCCUCUCCAACGAUGGCGAAUACAAAUCUCCCACUCCAGCCAAGGAAAAAAAAUUAGCCAACGUCAUAAGUGUCCACGAUUUUUUGCGGCCACUGAUCAACUAAACUGCAACGAGUUAGACUGCCUACAGUGUAAAGCGUUUCUCUAGCCUAUGUUUUCUUGGAGCUAACAGUCACAAUAAUCACUGACAAGUACGUGAUCUACCAGUUUUGAAAGAAAGUUUUAGGUCCAACGUAUAGCUGAUUUAGUUUCGCCUCCAACCGGCUAAAGAAACGGAGAUAUUGACUAGCCCCACUAAUGACGAGGAGUCCAAAUUUUCCUGUUGACUAGAGAAGAAAACUUUACUGGCAAAUUCACAGGUGUUCACGGUAUUCUGUGUUCACCAAGCAACUCAUAUGUCGACAACGUGUUCAGCACUGCCCACUAUAUAUAAAGACUCUCUAUAUCCUAGUCUAUGAUUUCCCAGUUCCGUUAGUUAGCUUUAUCACGAACGAGUUUAUCAUCUGCCUUUGAUGAAAGAGGAAGUAUCCGAGGUGCAUCUCAUAGCUUUCUCAGUUUCUUCUCAAAUCAUUCAAACAGAAUUAGAUCCUGACUUCACGCAAUGUGAAAAAUAACAUCUGAAGGCCUCGUGAUUUUCAGCACUAGCUAGAAUCCGUGCUGGCUAAAUAAGAAACCUUCGAAUCCCAAAAUGUAGCCCUUCGAUUUUCUAUUUUUAAGUCAAAGUUAUUGAUAUGUAAAGAGGAAAAUCUUCCUCGUCCUGGACGGAAACUAGUCGUUUUCUCGUUCCACCAACAGGAAGAUUCCUGCUAGCGAAGAAAAUGUUGCUGUCUAGUUAUCCCCUUCCUCCAUCAGAACGAAAUGGAGCCAACACCUAGCGCUGUGUAAAGAGGAUGACAUGUAGACCCAACAUGUAGGGUUGUAAUUGAUAGUCAAAAUUUCCUGCUGGGUAAAGAAGCAAACGUCUUUGGCUAAAAGAGAAAUGAAAAGGGAUCAAAUUUUAAGACUCCCUGUUACGUAAGGAAAAAAUCCUUAGCUUAAAGAGGCGGCGUUCUAAUUAUUGGUACAUUCAAAAAACUUUCCCGAAUAGAGAAAUAUUAUUAGGUCAAAGUAACAACGAGCGACAAAAAUGAAGCCAUCACUUCUUACCGUAAGGAAAGUCUUCUUCAUGGGGUACACAGUAUCUAAAGCACAAAAUGCAGUUCCCAGAACGCUGUAGCCCGUUGGAGGUUUCUCUAGAAUAUGUUGAACCAUUCUGUAUAGCAAGUUUAUGACUCAAUAGAUAUAACGUGACAACAUUUAUGGCAGUUGGGUCACAUCACCGCGCUGAUGGUGUAAAAUUUGGACACUGAUGAGUUCUUGCUCAGCAUAAAAGAGUUCACAGCUGACCUCUUAUAACGCAUACCAAUAAGGUCUAUCAUUUGUUAUGUCCAAUCGGCUGUGCAUAUCCACUGAGUUGACGCAUAUGUGAAACAUAGUACCAACGCCACGGCCUGCUCUUGAGAGAAGACAGCUGCCUAACUGUUAUGAACGACAGCAUUUAUAUCAGCGUUCGUUGAGCACUGAUAACAAAGAUUAAAGGAAUGUAGUAUUUCAGGAGCGUGGUUGGCUGUUAGCGAAAGAUGACUUUUGAGGUUAUUUCAUGAAUGUUCGUGAACUGCAGUGCUAUAAUCUGACAUGAGGCUGCACUAUAAUUGUUCAAAUUUUAGGGAAUAUUAGUGUCAGUCUGAAAUGUAAUGAUUGACGACUAUCUCCUGGAUCACGCUUACUAAUGAAAAUAGUAUAUUGCAAUAGAGAACGUAUUAGGUGAAGUAAAAAAUAUGCAUGGAAGGUCGUAUUUCACAUGAUCUUCGCGCGUUAUUUGCCAAUUUUUAGCAGAAGUAACGACUUUGCCAUUGCUUUUUAUGCAACCAACGUUGAUAUGCCGCGUGUUCACAGUAUGUGAAAAGAUAUUCUGUGUAGUUUAAUCAACUGUAAUACUCCGAAGUUCCGUCCGUUACGCAGUAGAGUGACACAUUACAUUUUACAACUUCAUUGCAUUCAUCGUUGGCAUUUUGUUGAAAAAUCUGGCCUACCGUCCUCUUAAUGAUUUGUUGGAAUGAAGUAGACGCAGAAAAAUAUUAUGAAACUACAAUUCACCUUUAUGUCGGUACAAGAUGAUCUAGCAGGUGGUUACACACUCAGUAGGUUACUUAAUGAAUUCGCCAAGAACUGCUGUGAAACCAUCAGAAAUAAUAAUAAAAAAGAGACAAUUAAUCUCGAAGUUUUCAUCUACAACAAAUAAAACUGUAAUUUGAUUUUUUUCCUUCUAAUAUUGUGGCAUCAUUUCCACUUUGUUGGAAUACCUUCAACUUCUGUGACAAUACUGUGGCAACAUUUCCACAUUGCUGGAAUACCUUCAAACUGUACGACAAUAUUACAAAUAAAUCAGAUACAUGGCUGAAAUAUUUUAGUUUUAAGGACAAAAUUUGUACUGAAUAUUUGUUUGAUACACAUGUGUAAUCCUAAAGUUUGUAUGAAUUAAUGGCUGUGUGUAAGAAGUGAACGAAAUAAAUAUUUUGUUCAGUGUCAAGA